GUAUACCAAUAAAACUAACCAACAAAGCUACCAAAGCUAAAGCUAAGCCCAGCUAACAAAUAACAACAAUACCCUUCUCCUUCUCCUUCUCCUUCUCCUUCUCCUUCUUUGCUUCUACACUCCAUCAUCUCUUCUCUUUCAGUUCACUUCUUCUUCUUGUUGCUCUCUAUCCAAACUGGGACAUCUCUGAGCUUAAAAAGCUUCGAUUUUUAAGCUUCUCCAACAAUGGAAACCCACCCAAAUCUCCAGGACCGGGAGAUCCCUUCCCCAAACUCCAGCAGUGGUAGCAGCUCCAACAACCACCGUAGCCCUGUCCCAGCUCCGGCCACUCCUCCGACACCUCCUCCCAAACCUCCGACCCCAAGAUCCGUCGACGCUAACCCUUAUCCGACCACCUUCGUCCAAGCUGACACCUCCUCCUUCAAACACGUCGUCCAGAUGCUCACCGGCUCCGCCGAAACAGCCGCGAAGCACGCCGUUUCCAACCCCAAGACCUCUACCCCUCCUCCCCCUUCCCCGUCCCCUGCCACCAAACCUCCUGGCCCUAAAAAACCUGCUUUUAAGCUCUACGAACGCCGCAGCAGCAUGAAGAAUCUCAAGAUGAUCAGCCCUCUUGGCCCUGCCUUCCUUCAUCCCGGCCCUGUCUCUCCCAUCACCGCCUUCUCUCCUCGCAAGCAGCCUGAGAUCCUCUCCCCCAGCAUGCUUGACUUCCCUUCUUUGGUUCUCUCCCCUGUCACUCCUUUGAUCCCUGAUCCAUUCAAUCGCUCCCCUGCUCCUAGCUCGGCCUCCUCCCUCUCCGCCGAGGACCGCGCCAUCGCCGAGAAGGGCUUUUAUCUCCAUCCCUCCCCUCGUAGCACUCCCAGAGACGGCGAGCCUCCCCGGCUUCUCCCUCUUUUCCCUGUAACCUCUCCACGAGUUUCCCAGUGAGCGCCGCCGUCUGUUGCUGCUGUUGCUGUUCUUUUCUAUUCAGGAUAUUUUCUAGUUCUUCUCUUUUUUUUCCCUUUUUUUGUUGAAGAGAAAAGAGAAAGAGAGAGACAAAGAGAAAGAGAGAGAGACAGAGAGAAAGAGAAAAAGAGAAAAAGAGAGACAAAGAGUUUUAUGAUGGAGGAGCUCUGAGUUCUCUAUUAUUGCAUUUCAAGGUUUCAAGAUCUCUUCUUUUGCUUCAAUUGUACAAUUUUUAAUCCCUGUAUCUGUGAUGCAAAGCAACCAGCUUGAGAUCAUUCAUGGGAUCUCCAAAGGUGUGCACUUUCUUCUUCUUCUUCACAUCUUCAUCAUGUUUUUCAAUGAAUUUUCUCUAUGAGAAAGAAAUAUUGAAUGAAUGAAUGAAGGAAAGCUCUGUGCUUUCAAUUUCCAUAA